AGAGAGAGAGAGAGAGAGAGAGAGAGACCAAGGACAGACGGCACUGAGGGGAGGGAAAUACACUCUCAGUCACACCUCACACAGCCUCACACAGCCUCACACAGCCUCUGCUGUAAGAGACAGAUCUUGACUCUGAGGAGGGAGAUGCACGUCUACAUCAGAGCAGCAUCCAGGACGGGAUAAUAGCUCCUCGAGCUGCUGAGACAAAUACAUGCCAAGGACUACAAAUAGAGAGAAAGAGAGAGCAAGCCCAGAGGGAAGGGCAUUCCAGAAAGGGCAGAACAGGGUGGAAGGUUUAUUCUGUUGCUUAAAAAGGACCGAAACAGCAAUCCUAAAAAAGCUGCCCUUUGGAGUUUCUCCUCCUCUCUGCACACGGACAUCCACUCUGUCUCUUGCCGUCUGCAGAAAGCUCCCAGUGCUGCUGCUGCUGCUGCUGUGAGGUUAUAGUCUCCAUAAAAGACUGCUUCACCAUCCGAGACCAUGAGUGAGGCGAAGAAAGGUGAUCUAGCCAUCAGGGAUAAAGCCAUCCUGCACCAGCAGAGGCGUCUGAAGCAGGCCACCCAGUUCUCACACAAGGACUCUGCUGACCUCCUGCCCCUGGACGGGCUGAAGAGACUGGGCACAUCCAAAGACUUGCAACCUCACAGCAUCGUCCAGCGCCGCCUGAUGGAGGGAAACAUCACGCGGCUGCGAGGGGAGGCCUGGGACGCCAACGGCAGGUUUCGCUCCCCACUGGCCGACGCCAAGGAUGGAGUCGCUGACGCGGAGGAGAGGAGCGAGAGCACCGCCGACGACUCCGCGGAGGAGAGGGAGUCUCUGGAGGAAAGCGAGAGGAGCCUGCGAUCGGACGAAGAUGACGACAGCAGCGAGGCCGGAGCCAGACAGACGGCUAAGAAGGCCGAGGGCACGGAGAGCUCGACCCCUCUCGCCGCUCUGCUUGUUCAAUGCAAGUGCUGCGAGACUGAAGUCAAAGCGUCCAUCAACACCGGCAGCCAACAUAACCACAUCUCCAGCUCCUGCUGCCAGAGGCUGGGACUGGUGCCCAGUCAGGACAGUGCACCAUGUGGUGGCAGCUCAGUGAUGGAGCUGCAGCUGCAGCUGGGCAGACAGACGCUCCAGUGCUCAGCCUUCGUCAAAGAGGACGAGGCGUAUGAGCUGUGCCUGGGUCUGCAGACUCUGCUGGAACUUAAAUGCUGCGUGGACCUGAGCAGCCGGGUCCUGAAGCUGCAGGCCUGCGGAGAGGAGCUUCCCUUCCUGAACCCUUCCAGCUUGUGCCAACACGACACCAACGAGAACCUGUGAGCCCGACUCGACGGCGGCGACCACCUCUUUGAAUCUCGACUGGUUGCAGAAACGUGGCGCGAUGCCGUUUGUGUCUGGACGAGUCCGAUCAGUGUCUCACACACUGCCAGAACAUGGAUGAGCGUUCGCCACCGUCGUUCUUGAGUUUACAUCAUUGUGUUUGCAGAAUUAAGACAUUCACUUUGAUUAUCUCUUAUAUUAAAUUAGUCUAGUUUACAGAGCGGGUGAAAGCCAUUCAUGAGCCGAUCCGAUCUCUGAGAGUCUAAUCAUCCUUUAUGAUUAUAUUGUGUAUUCAAACUAAUUCCUCUGUAAAUUAAAAAGUGUUAAUUAUUAAGCAUUUAGAUGGUGUGAAAGGAAUCGUUUUAUAUUUUGGGACGCAUGCUAGUGAAGUUAUACGAAGAGAUACCACUUAUUUCUGUUUGGAAAAUAUCAUUCAACAGCUCGCUGACUGUUAGCUUAGCUUAGCACAAAGACUGGAAACAAGGGGAAACAGCUAGCAUGACUCUGACCAAAGGUAAUAAAAACGAGCAGCUUCACUAAUAAACAUGCUAUGAUUAGUCCGUACAAACACUGAACUGUAAGAACUUUAAGUUCAUGUAAAGGAAGUCUUGGUCUGUAGUUUAGAACUUGCACAGAGCCAGGCUAGCUGUUUCCCGUUGUUAUGCUAAGCUAACGGGCGGCUUGCUGUUGCUUCACAUUUACCGUACAGACAUUAGAGAGGCAUCGAUCUCAGCGUCGUCUCGACAAGAACGUGAAUAAGCGUAUUUCCCAAAUUGUCAAACUAUUCCUUUAAGAACUUGAUCCCUCUAAAACGUGUUGGGACUCAGGAUCCCCUUUCCAGUGAGAAAAAGGACAUUUUGAGAAGCCUUGAAGCUUUUUUGAAGUCUUGUGUAAUUAGGUUUGGAUCAGGCUUUAAGAAACAAAGACAGAUCUGAGGAAAACAUACUUAGGUUCGGCGUUGUAAAGCCCCUCUGCUCGCUUAUCCCAUCGAAACACUGAUGUGGGGAAGUCUGUCACAACAGCGCAGACUGAAUUACAAGUAGUUCCCUAUAAAUCCCUUCAAUAAAAAUAGACUUCAGGCCAGACAGAAAAACACAUUUGACUCAGCUACAGAAAUAUAAAACAUUCCAUCUGCAUGACUUUGUAAAGUUCUGCCUUUGUACAAGUCUGCAUGUUUGUGCACUCGUCUGAUUGUGUCUGCAGGCGCCGUGUGUGUGUUGGUGAGUGUGUGUGUGUGUGUGUGUGUGUGUGUGUUAGGGAGUCAAAGCAGGGUUUUUCAUGCCUUGUGUUUCACAUGGGAAAAGGGGACUACGUCCUAAUCUGCUCCCAAACCGGUCCGCAAAAGCUCCGGUCAGAACAAGCUGCCAAACGCCGACCCCAGCUGCCUUCCCCCUCUCUGCCUCUUUCAGGAGAUUCUCAUCUGCGCCCUGUGCCAAAGCCCUUCUUCAAGCUCAUCUUCCUCUUUAUCCAGAAGGCCGCUCUUCUUUGUGUAUUUACCAUCUUACUUUGGCUGAUGAUAUUCACUUUGACGCCUCAUGUUUGUCACAAGACAACAAAAAGAAGACCUCCCCACUGCAGUGCCACCUGCCUCUCUCGUCUCAGUGUGUCAUCGUGUGGGGGGAUCAAGAACUGCCUCAGAUCAUGCUGUGCUUUAACAACACCUGAGCCGUGCCGUGCUUUUUGACUGUGCUACAGCAUCCAUCUGACCUCUCCGCGGAGGUCAUCCACAAGUAGAUUUGUUUCUCUUUGAUGUGCUAGUGAUCUUCCUACGCCGUGUGAGAGGACUCGAUGUACGACAGAAAUUUAUUUUUGGUGUUUCUCUUCUUCUGAACAGUAUUUUCUCUGCCUAAUAAAAUAUGUAUUCUGGCUA